AUGGAGCAAGCCAGAAAUGGAGGAUGGAUUCUGGUAGUCAGUCAGUGGAAAGGUAGUAAAGGGCAAGGCAAGGAGGCAAUGCAUGGUCUUCAUAGUGUCUUUGUGGACAAUAUUCCGUUAAAAAUGGAUGUUAAAUCUCUCUUCAAGCUCUUCACAAAGUUUGGUAUAGUGAAGGAUGUUUUCAUUCCUUUUAAAAGAAGGAAAGUGUCAAACUCUAGAUUCGGAUUUGUAAGAUACGACUGCUAUGUAGCAUCAGAUAUAGCCAUUCAAAAAGCUAAUGGUCUUCUGGUGGAUGACAAGGUUCUAGUUGUCAAAAAUGCCACUUUUGAUAGAAGAAGCAGAAAGGAACAUAGCAGAAAAACACCUCUGUUCAUCAGGAAAACUCAGCACAUCAGAAUAGAUGGAGUAGCCAACAGAUUCAUGUGA